GGUAUAAAAGCGCGCCACUGACCACAGACAGCAUCCAGUCAGAGGUUUGGAAUCGCUUGGGAUUCUACAAUCCUUACACAGUAUAUUCGAUAUUAUUUCUGCGCUACUUCCUUGGCAAGUCCCAUCUCUCUCCACAAUGAAAGUUUUCAUCUGCCUAGCCGCCCUGCUGGUGGCAUCCGCCUGCGCCAGCAAAACCGAAGGCGAGAAGGUGCCUCUGGAGAAGAAACUGGACAAGCGCGGCCUGCUCGACCUGGGAUACGGCUACGGCCACGCCGGUCUGGAUGUUGGCUAUCUGGGACACGGUUCCGUGGCCGGACAUGGCUACGGCCAUGGUUAUGGACUGACUGGACACUCUGGUCCCGCAGCCAUUUCCGUGGGACACAGCGGCCCUGCCUACUCCAUUGGACACACCGCUCCCGCUGUCGCCGUCCACCACGCCCCCGCUCCUUACGUGAUCAGCAAGCAGGCCGAUGUGCACAAGACCAUCACCAUCACCAAGGGAAUCCCAGUGCCCGUGCAUGUUGACCGGCCCUAUCCCGUUGUGCACGAGAAACGCGUGCCCGUCGAAGUAAAGGUGCCCGUGCCUCAGCCCUACGAAGUGAUCCGGAAGGUGCCCGUCUCCGUUAAGGAGUACGUGAAGGUGCCCGUCCCAGUGCCCCAGCCCUACGAGGUCAUCCGCCACGAGAAGUACCCCGUCCAUGUGCCCGUCGAUCGCCCAGUGCCCGUUGAGGUUCCCAGGCCCUACCCCGUGCCAGUGGCCAAGCCCUAUCCAGUGUACGUGGAUAAGCCCGUCAAGGUGGCCGUGCCUGUCCAGGUCGACCGCCCCUAUCCCGUUUACGUGAAGGUGCCCGUCGUCUCCCACUCCGUGGUGAAGCACGCCCCCACCGUAGCAGUCAGCAGCUAUCCCGUGCACGGUUAUCCCGUCAGCAGCUACCCAGCGAGCAGCUACGGGCACGACUCCUCCGUCUACGCCGACCACUCUGGCUACCACAAAUAAGCGGACUCAGGGCGAUCCAGCGAUCCAUUGGAGCAAGCGGACCUUCAAGAAAUGAGCGGAAGGAAAUUUAGCCACAUUUUCUAUUAAAUUCUACUCUCACACGGUCUCUGCUCCCACUCCACCUGUCUGUCCCUGCAAACAAGAACAUCAACAACAACCCUAGGAAGAUGCACUUCCGCCCUGCCACUCUCUGUAGCUCUAAGAACCCAAGAUGAACAAAAAAUGCCUUUUGUAAAUUAUUUCCAAUCCAGCCAUCCAAUGGAAGCAGUUGUGUUGGAUGAGUCUCCCGUUUAGGAUAAACAGCAGCUAAAUGUUUGUAAAUGCCAAUAUUUAUGGACAUUUUAGCUGUCACGUUUAUCAGUGAAAGGUUUCCACGCACAAUGAAUUGAAUAGACAGCAACUGAAAUACAUAUGUGACAAUCAUUUAAGGAUACCUAAAUAAAAUAAAACGUAUAAAAUACUAUUCAAUUGUUUUAUCACUGGCAGCGCGAAUUUGGCUUAUGGAAAUAAUUUAGCUUCU